AUGGCGACGGAUCCGGACAGAAAUGCAAUUGCCGCCCCGUCUGGCUCUCAUUCGCAGGCACUUCAGCAGGACCAAGACCAUCAACAGCAGCAGCAGCAGCAACUCAAGAGGAAAUGGAAGAAGAUUUGGCUUAGAGGGUUGUCGGUCCGCAUUCGGCCUCGCAAAGACACUCCGCGACGUGCGACUACCACACCACCUGGAGCAGCAACACCAGUAGCAGCAGCAGCAAGAGGUGGAGCAGUAGCACCUGGACGUGGAGCAAUAGCUGAAGGACAAGGGCCUGCGGGAAACGUUGAGAGGGGCACCCAGACCACCACGGGUCACCAAACACUGCAGCAAUCAGAAACGCUUGCGCACCCAAGCGAGUCAGAUCGUCUUACGGACUCCGACCCCUCCACCGCCGGGACAGCUAGCCAGCACUCGGCCGCGACUUCCACCACCGUUCAGACCACCGCCGUGCCCUCAUCCUCGUCCUCCUCCUCCUCGACAUCCCUCAGCGUAAGCGUCGGCGCCUCCAUCGGCAACUUUCCAUCCUCCUCCGCACCGUGUCCCACCUGUGGCCAGCGCCGUCAUGUCGAUCUCCACCGACCCCCGACUCCCGUGAAGCCCGAAGACCGCUUCCAGUUUCGCUCUGGUGUGCCUUACGGACCAUGGACCAUCACUCACCCACCGCGCACUCCUGCACCCCAAGCCGUGUGCAGCGAACCGUCCGAAGUUCCCGCCCCAGCCACCAAGGUCGAAUGUGCAGCUGAACCCGCCCCCGGACCCCUCACUGCAUUCCACCCCUUCUCCCGUCUGCCUCCGGAGCUCCGUUCCAAAAUUCUCCGCUUCUACUUGGAACGGCCCCGCAUUGUCGAGAUUCGGUGCAUGAACGAUCUGAAGAAGAUCCAUUUCGCGCCAAAUGCCCUGGGAAAUCUUGCAUCCAACAUUGCAUGGAGCGCAGACAACACCCUUCCUGCGUUGAUGUGGGUGAACCGGGAAUGCCGUGCCGAGACACGUGUCUUUUAUCGCGUGCAGUUGCCGAUGCACCCAACGAAUAAGAUCGCUUGGCCUGUCAUCAUCAAUCCAGAGUACGAUACAGUCAUAUUUACCUUCCCUUGGAGCAGCGAGAUUCCGCUUGAUAUCUUCCUGAGCGAUUGUCUCGCUUUUGACCCUUUGCGUGUGGGCAUCCGCCAUUUCGGCACUCGUGACAGAGGCGGGCCGGAGACAUGGGAUCUGACGCCGGUGCCGGGGUGCGCACCGCUGUCCAAGAGCUUGGCCAACCUAGAAUCUUACACAGAGGCGAUUCAGCUGAUGGAUGACCGCGCCGCUGCACGGUUUCCAGUGUGGAUGAUUCACGAGGGUUAUCUAACGAGCGGAAUCCCCGCGAAGGACGCAUUUUACCAUGACGUACCCCGACUGCUUCUCAGCAACGACUACGAGCCUCCGGAUGCGGCGAAUCAGCGCAACGCACUCGAGGCACUUCGUACACAGCUUGGAGACUACCUGCCCGAUAAAGUGGCGGAAAAUUUGGUGAUGCAGAGAAUGUUCUACCGCAAGUAUUUCCGCCAUCUACGGAUGAAGUGCACUAAGACGGACCUCGCCGGGUUGGGUAUGGUCAGGCAGAUCCCAGGAGGAGAGACGGAAGAGUUCUUCCUGAGUAAUGGACGAGAGGUAGCUGGCCCGCGAAAGAAGAGGAGGUCAGCGCUUGAGGUGCGCCCGAGCAGCAGUUGGCACCUGUGGGACGAGGAUUAG